AUGUCUUCCUUUUUCACUGUCCCCGCUGCCCAGCGCAAGCGCAAGAGAGACGACCGCGCCUCAGCCCCAGGAUCGAAGAAGCGAGGUGGAGAUGCUAAACCUGAUGGUGCCGGUCGUCGGGCCAGAGAGAGAGAAGAGUCGAUCUCUGGUAGUGAUAUCGAUGAGGACGAAAUCGCAUCGCAAUCAGACGACGAGAGCGGAUCGGAUUCGGAAGACGGCGAAACGGCUGGAGAUCGAAGAUUGAAACUCGCUGAACGCUACUUGGAAAACAUUAAGGACGAGGUCGACGAAGCCGGAUUCGAUGCGGCAGACAUUGAUCGAGACUUGAUCGCAGAACGACUUAAGAAGGACGUUGAUGAGUUCAAAGGACGGACGUUCCGUCAAAUCGCUGCGAAUCUAGCCUUCCCUACCGCACCCUAUUCCUUUUUCCGCUCAGAUACCCAAUCGACAACUGCUAUUGCUGUUCACGCACCAUACGUCUACGCUGUUUCAAAGGAUAAGACUUUGACCAAGUGGGAGUUGGUUACACCCAGUGUACCGGCCUCGAGCGCAUCGAACGGUGAUACUGAUACUUCUAAGCGGCCACCACGCCCCCAACGCAAGAAGCCCAAGCGUGUCAAGUAUGCUCGGGGUAUGCGCAAGAACCCUGAAACUGGCGAGGAGCAUGGACAUACGAAAGACAUCUUAUCCGUUGCCGUGUCCCCCUCUGGACGGUUCGUGGCCACUGGUGGAGCCGAUAACAAACUGAUCAUUUGGGAUGCGGAGACUUUGACGCCCACGAAGACUUUCCUACAACACAGAGACUCUGUUUGCUCAUUGUCCUUUGCGCGCCAUAUCUCAACGAUGAGUUCCGGAGAGCAGCUAUUCUCUGGUUCUUACGAUCGUACAAUUAAGACAUGGUCCAUCAGCGGAGCUGGCCACGCCUAUGUCGAAACACUUUUCGGUCACCAGGACCAUGUUACUGGAGUUGCUGCUAUGACCAUCGACGAAUGUGUUAGUGUUGGUGCUCGUGACCGCACAGCCCGUUUGUGGAAGGUUGUCGACGAAACGCAGCUGGUGUUCCGUGGUGGUUCCGCAAAAAGCGCUCCUUAUCACGAGAGCAACAUUGACUGCAUUGCUCCUCUACCACCAGCUCACUUUGUCACCGGUUCAGACUCUGGUUCUAUCUGUCUCUGGUCCAUACACAAGAAGAAGCCUCUCUUCACCAUCCGUCUUGCCCACGGCUUGGACCCAAUCCCACCUCUUCAAGAACUAUCACCCGAAACCAAUGAAGAGACCGCCGCCCACAACAUGCGGCACUUGCGCCCUAUGCCUCGCUGGAUUACCGCCUUGACCACGCUCCCCGGCACCGACAUUGUACUCAGUGGCAGUUGGGAUGGUUUCAUUCGCGCAUGGCGCAUUUCGGACGAUAAGAGAACUAUCAUUCCUCUAGGACCCAUCGGCCAGGGCUCUCUUGGUAGCGCCACGCCUGACACACCAUCUCAACAACUCAACCAGACCCUUGCUUUCAAUGCUACCCCAGACCGCAUGGUUGAAGAUGAGAAGCCUCAAGCCGGAGCCCAAGAACCGGAGCCCAUGAUCAAGGGUGUCAUCAACGACAUUGCUGUCUUUGAGCGCCGUCCCGAAUCUGACCUCCCCGGAGAAUCAAAAUCCAAGUUGGAGACCCAAAACGAGCCUCGCGGUGUAUCAAUCGUUGCUGCUGUUGGCAAGGAGCACCGCUUAGCUCGCUGGAAGUGCUUUGCCAACAACUACUACGAAGGCACUACUGCUGAGGGCCGUAACGGAGCUGUCGUGUUCGAGGUUCCGCUCACCACUAAUGAAACCGUGAGGGCUGAUGUAUAA